UCGAAAAGGGUCGUCGAUGACCCACAAUAUCGAAUGUCACCAUCAGUUAAAAGUUGUUUCCUGUUUGUUUUUCUUUUUUAUUUCCAUUUAUCUGUGCACAUUCAAGUGGCUAGUUAAAAAAAAAAAAAAAAAGUAUUUCGUUUCUUUAGAUAAUUAAUGUCGAUGCAAGAAAUUCUAAGAAUGGCGAGACUACUUCAAAGUAAAUCAAUGUCGUCGUUUCGUUUUUCAAGACUUUUGGAACUAUUUUUUCUUUUCUGGCAACAGUUUUAUUGCACUUUCGUUAUUGCAAUUAAAUCGAAUUUAUUUUUAAUGGUAAACAUAUUUUGGUAAGGUAUUGUGGAAUUCUGUUGCCACCCUGUAUGUUAAUUAUUUCAUCAGCAGGAUGCGUUACAAUGGCGCAAACACAAUGAUUAAGUCAUGCGCUUGGUUCUUAACCGCAAAUCCGGUAAAGAUAUGACGCCAAAACCGCAAAACAAACCAGAAAGCAAAAAAACUAAACAACAUUUUGUCACAAUUCGUAUUUUUUAGUCUUGAAUUAAUUCACUCUUGAUCAAUGACGUGCGACAUGGACUUGAAAAUUAUUAGCCUGAUGGCCAUUUUAUGGCCGUUUGCUUGGUGCCAAUUGGUCCCUUCGUGCGGUUUAGCUACAGACUGCAAAAAUUGUACCAUCAUCCGCGAUUGUGUCUGGUGUCGUCAACCGAGUUUCAACGGGGAUCGAUGCAUGAAGAGAGAUGAAGCUGACCGUUGUUCAACGCAAUUUGUGGUCGACCCUCAAGUGUUGAUUCAAUUGAUUGAAGACAAUCCUUUGGCCGAAGCGCAAAAAUCGGAGGAUCCUAUCCAGCUACGCCCGCAGAGAGUCUCCAUGAGCAAUGCCAGAAAGGGUCAAUCUUAUACGAUUCCGGUUGAAUUCAAGCAAGCUAAAGAUUACCCAAUCGAUUUGUAUUUCUUGAUGGAUCUUUCCAAUUCGAUGGGUGACGAUAAAACUCAAGUGGAAAAACUGAGCAGUAAACUAGCCGCAACUAUGCGCAACAUCACCAGAUAUUUCUCUAUCGGUUUCGGGUCGUUUGUUGACAAAAAUGCCUUCCCUUACAGCUGGCCUGAGCAAAAGACUUAUUCGUUCAAGAACCAUAUGCCUAUAGCUGACAAUAUCCAGCUCUUUACGAAUGAAGUUAAUAGGGCAGAAAUUGUGGAGACGUAUGAUGAGCCAGAAGGUGGACUCGAAGCCCUUGUCCAAGCUACCGUAUGUACAUCACAGAUUGGAUGGAGAGCUAAGGCCAGACACAUCAUCUUAAUGAUUACCGACAACUAUUCACAUUUGGCAGGCAACGGAAAGUUGGGAGGUAUUUUAGUUCCCAAUGAUGGAAGUUGCCAUUUAAAUCCCGAUGGACGAGAUUACAAUUUCGGAUUGAUACACGACUAUCCGUCACUGGGCCAAAUCAGCCGUCUCGUUCGAGAACAUUCGAUGAACGUUAUUUUCGCCGUUACCAAGGAUGUGGCCAAACCUUACCAAACAUUUUCUCCGCUAGUCAGCGGCUCUUCGGUCGGUGUCUUGACAUCAGAUUCAUCCAACGUUGUGACCCUCGUCGAGGAUCAGUACAAGCUCAUUACGUCUUCAGUGGAAUUGAAAGAUAAUGCCACCAAUGGAGUCAAAGUUCGAUACUUUACCAACUGCCUCCAGCCGGCAGGCUCUCCAGUUCAGGAGAGUGCCAGUUGUGGUGGACUCAAAGUUGGAAGUUUGAUCAGAUACAACAUCAGUAUCGAAAUCACGCAAUGUCCUGCAGGAAAAUCUACCCACCGCCAAACGAUUGUUGUCUCUCCGGUCGGAUUGACCGAUUCUUUGAUUAUUGAUUUAGACAUCGAAUGCGAUCAGUGUCCUUGCGAACGAGCUGAUAAUGUGAGUUGCCCGACCAGCUGCAAGGAAAUUACGUAUUGUGUCGAACCGGGGCGUAUUCCACCAGAUGAAGAUGCGGAUAAAAUUGCUUUCGAAUGCAGCCUUUUAAAUGUGACCAAAGACGAUGAAUUCUCUCCGAAAUUAUUUCCAUUCCGGAAAUGCGCCAUUAUCGACAACUCUACUGGCUGUCGAAGGGAUUUCGUUUAUGGCUACACGGAAAAUGAUGAUAAACUCGUUCUUUACAACAACACAAUUUGCCUGCCUAAUAUCGCCAUUCCAGUGUCGAAAAUUGCUUUCAUGAUGAUGGGAGCUCUCGUCGCUGUCGGAUUGGCCCUUUUGCUCUUGUGGAGACUUUUCCUCUUCAUGUACGAUCGAAAAGAAUACGCCCGUUUUAUCAACGAGAGCAAAAACGCUAAAUGGACGGCCGAUAAUAAUCCGCUCUACGUCGAGGCUUCGGUUAAUUACAGUAACCCAGCAUUUCAACAAGGAGUAGCCGGUCGUAAGUAGGUCGUUAAAAAACAAAAAAAAGUUGAUUUUAAAACUUGACCCAAAAACAAAGUAAAAAAAAACAAAAUGUCGUCAAAA